GCAGCUAGCUAGCAAGCUUUAGAAUGAAAAGCCAAACAACGUGACAGUCUAUAAUUUAGUGUCACUCAUAAUUAUCCAUAUUUGUCUUGUUUCAUUGACAGAUUUUUUUGUUUACACACAAUUCUAGCCAAUAUGUCAGCGCCGAAGAAGGGAGAUCUAUCUUCCACCGAGAGGGAAUUAUUCGUAGUUAUUGCUGCAGGUAAAGCCUCUUUACUUUAAUGCUAACGCUAGCUAGCUAGACAGUACGCUUGCUACUGUAGUCUAGAUAAGAUAUGAGAUUGCUGUACCACUUCACAUUAGCUAGUAUGUAAUGUAAUGUGUUAAAUUAUGUUGCUAAUGAUGGUGGCUAUAUGGCUAAUUUGAUAGCUCAAUCCAGCAAGUUGUAUUGCCCUGUAAACUUGCUAACUGCUGUAGCUAGCUGGCCAAGCUAGUACCACAGAUAGUUAUAAAAAUCUCAAACUCUGCUAGUACUGUACAGGACUACUAGACGUUAUGUUAGCUAGCUAGCCAGUUCAUGAAAUUGCUGAUACCGUUUUCUAGACAAGACAACUGUUGGUUGUUUCAAGCCUUGGUUAGCUGGAGGCAGUGUUCCUAGCUUCCAAUGCAAUACAAUCGCUUGAAGGUAUAGCAUGCAUGUACAAGUAAUGAUUGACCUUUGAUGCUUUUUCUCAGGAAAUGUUCAAGAAGCCUCAAGAUUAUUGGGUUGCAAGGAUGUCAGAGUCAACUGUUUGGAUGAGGUAAAGGCAGAAAUGGUUUCGAUUUUUCAACGAUCAAGAAUGUCUCUUUUGUUAUCGAUAUCAGUUUUGAAGUUAUGGAUUUAUGCUCUUCAUAAUUUGUCUGCAAACUGGACAGUAAGGAAACCACAGGCAGCAUAUCUCUUUUUGUUUAAUAAUAUUGCCUAUGUCUGCUCAUCAAGUGGCAGGCAGUGCAGUCCAGUCCAGGCACUCCACAGUUUAGCAAAGGCUAAUUUCCGCUAUUUCAUUGCCUUUAUUGUGCAUUCUACCAUGCUGUACAAUGGGAAAUAUCUUUGUGUAGAUUUAAUUCAGCAUCAUUUGUCUGUAAUAAGCUACUUAAAUUAUGUAUAUCUACAACAUAUACAACUUGCAGUUCUGUUUCUCCUCCUCAGAAUGGGAUGACUCCCCUCAUGCACGCUGCAUACAAGGGCAAGGCGGACAUGUGCAAGCUGCUACUGCAACAUGGGGCAGAUGUGAACUGCAAUGAACACGAGCAUGGUUACACCGCACUGAUGUUCGCUGGGCUAUCCGGUAAGCACAUUUUCUCACAGUUAAAUUGCUGAGAAAGGAUAUCCCUGUUUAGAUUAGGGGGCCCCGUGGUGAAUUCAUUGAUUUGACUGUGUGCAGUAACUUUUUUCUCCCCGCGUUGCCAUAUAGGUAAGACUGAUAUCACCUGGAUGAUGUUAGAUGCAGGAGCGGAGACAGAUGUGGUCAACUCCGUCGGGCGAACAGCAUCUCAGAUGGCUGCGUUUGUCGGUAUGUACAGUAAGGAUAUCACAUAUAAUAGGAAGUAUAUGUGACAUCUGUGACAUAGAAUAAACUUGAAUGACUCCAUAUUGGCACUGCCCUUUAUUCUGGUCAUGUUCAUUAGGGCACAUUCUGUUUGGAGCCUUAUGAAUGCAACCUCUGUCACAGUGAGACAUUGGAACUUGUUUCUUACCCAGGUGUAUCUCCUCUCUCCUCUCCCCAGGGCAGCAUGACUGUGUGACGGUGAUCAACAACUUCUUCUCGCGGGCCAGGCUGGAGUACUACACCAAACCCCAGGGGCUGGAGAAGGAGCCCAAGCUGCCCCCCAAACUGGCAGGGCCCCUCCACAAGAUUAUCAUGAGCACCAACCUCAACCCCGUCAAGGUAAAAGACCACCACCGCUGUCUCUGGGUCACAAUACGGAAUUGUGGUUUUGGAGUGAGAUAUUAAGUGAUCCAUAUUUGAUCAAAAUAAUGACCAGACAACUCAGACCACCAAGGAUAUCAGGCAAAAAAAAGAAAGCAGACUUAUUCAGACUAAAGCCACGUUUUUUGGAGAACUGUAAAAGGCAAAACACAAAGACAGUCCACCACCAAUAUAACCCUAUCCGUGCGUUAUGUCACCUUUUAUAAAGCAUAGCUUUUUGGGGAAUAGUGGGUUAUGUGACUUUUGGCAAUGCAUCCUACAUAGGGAGCGAUUAUGUUACCCUUUUAUAGAGUAUGACACCCCCCCCCCCCCUCCUCUGUCUCUCCCAGAUGGUUCUUCUGGUGAAGGAGAACCCAGUGCUGGCCGAGGCGGAGGCCCUGGAGAAGUGCCGGCGGGUGAUGGAGCUGAUCUGUGAGAAGUGUGUGAAGCAGCAGGACAUGAACGAGGUGCUGGCCAUGAAGAUGCACUACAUUAGCUGUGUGCUGCAGAAGUGUGGCUCCUUCCUCAAGGAGCGCGACGACAAGCUGGAAGGACUCAUCAAGAGGUGGGUGAGGGGUUUGGAUUGUAUGGGCUGGUUUCCCAGACAUAUGAACAUGUAAAUACAUAUGGGGCUGGUUUCCCGGACACUAUUGUUUUCUAUUUAUAGAUAUUUUUUUAUUAAACUGGACUGACAGAGGAUGUCAAUGCAAAAAGUCGGAAAGAUAAGGAAGAAAUUGCUAUGAAAUGCAUAUAUCUGGCUUCACUGAUGAUGUGUAGAAAUACUCUGACACACUAAAUCUGUUUUUGAUUGUUAUAUAUACUGUAUUGCAAUGCAUAUAACCCCAGAUGUCAUUGCUGUCCCCAUGCAGCUUGUUGAAGGGCCGGGACAGUGACGGCUUCCCGCUGUUCCAGGAGAAGUUCAUCAGAGAGUGCAUCCGCAAGUUCCCCUACUGCGACGCCACACUGCUGCAGCAGCUGGUCCGAAGUAUCGCUCCUGUGGAGAUCGUGAGUCUUCAAUCAAACCAUAAAGCCCCUUUUCCAUUAAUAGUUGUCACAAAGUGCUUUUACAGUCAUGCUCUCUCUUGUGAUGUCUGUCUGUGUAUUUAAUAAUGACUGAUUUUGCAACGUCAGUUUGAGUGAAACUCCACUUGUAAUAGUUUCCUGUUUUGGGCUUAAUAACCUUUUAACCUUUUAUACUGUUAGGGCCGGUUUCCCGGACAAUGAUUAAGCUUAGUCCUGGACUAAAAAGCAUGCUCAAUAAAGAAUUCCCAUUUAAAAUAGCUUUUUAGGCUUAAUCUGUGACCCUUAGUGUCAUUUUCAAUUGUUUGUACUGUAUAUCUUGUGUAUAUUUUGAAUUUCUCUCCCAUUUCCCCUUUCUGUCCUGGUCAGGGUAACGAUCCUACAGCCAUCUCAGUUUUGACCCAGGCUAUCACAGGACAGGUGGGCUUCAUGGACGCAGAGUUCUGUACCACCUGUGGGGAGAAGGGAGCAGAGAAGAGAUGCUUCAUUUGUAAAAUGGUAGGCACAAUGCCAUUUUCUCACAAUAACUCAUAUCAAUAUAGUAAAAUGCUAUAUUCAUAUAUCCACUGUCAUCAUUCAUAGAACUGCAAUAGCAAUGGUCAAUCUGUCACUAUGUGUCCUUGCAUCCGAUGCAUGGGCCUCUGUUCUUGCCCCGCACAUGCAACGUUUUUGUGUUCCUAUAGGUGAUAUACUGUGCCCCAGCCUGCCAGAAAAUGCACUGGUUCACCCAUAAGAAGGUCUGCAAGCAGCUUCAGGAGCAGAGAGAAAAGCACGAGGCAGAGUCAGCCAAGCUGAUGGAGCGACAGAGGAAAGGUAUUGGAGAAAUAUUCUUGGACUGUACAUUUUCAUGUGUCACCUCUUGUGUAAUUUGUAUAUGUUUCGUUGUAAUUUUAAGUGACCAAGGAUUACAUUAUACAUUAAACACAUUGGUUACGAAAGGAUGCUUGGUUUUGAAUAGGAUGCUUCAAAAGUGGUAGUUAGCUUAAAUAGUCUUUCCAUUGCGUUGUGUUACGAGGCGUCAUGUUAACAGUUUGUUCCUUAUGUGUUUCUCAGAGCAGAGCCAGGCGGUAGAGGAGGCGGCAGGCUCCAUGCAGGACCUCUCAGUGGGACCCAAUGAAGACUCUCCGUCUUCCCCCUCCGACAACCAAGCAGACCCCCCUAGUCCUGACUCCACCACUCCAGCCACAGAGAACUGAAGGGGGCCUGUAAGGGAUGUUCAACACAGGUGCACAAUGCCUAUAUACCCAGCUAUCUCCCCUACUCCAGGUCUACACUGUUGUCCUAGAAGGUGUUAGGGAGGCCUGCCAUGUAAGGCCCAACAGUUAACCUGGGGAUGAAGUACGCAGGAGCUUCACACAAGCUUCAGGCCUGAACCGAUGGGAAAGGAUCCCUUAUUUAUUGAUGAUCUGACAUUGUUUUCUACCAAAGCAACGCAGCACUAUUGCACACAACGAAGAAAGGUUAGGGUCACGAAUGUCUAAGCUUUUUUCCAGCAUUCAUAUUCAAUGUGAAAUGUCUAUGUAGACUAAUAUUAUGUUGAUGGUUUUUGUUCAAGAAUAAUGGAAAGUGCUUCAGGGAGUGUGAUGUAAAGAAGUAGUAGUAGAUUUAAUCAAUAUUUUAUUUGUUCAUGUCCUUUUAAAACUAGUAAUUCUGCGUCCAGUAAUUGCCCUAGUUAAAAGAUAAAGGACAUCAUAUUUCCAAACAUACAGUAAAGUGGCUUGAAUUGGCCAAGAACAAAAUGACUUUAAAGUUACUAUAACCUCCUCCUGGAAAAGCAACUUGGCAAAUCCCUCUAACAAUUUUUCUGUUUUGUUGAAUACUGAUGUUUCAAAGAUCUCAAAUGACUAAUUGCAAUACAACAGAAUAAACACCACUGUACUCUCUAUGUGCUUUUGAUGGUAUGACAGAUUAGACUAGCCUGGGUAUCAGUCUGUUUGUGCCAUCAUGCC